GACGUACUACGCAGGGACCGGUACCGCCAGGUGAUGGCGCGAGAGGCAGAGAUCCUUCACCUCAAGCAGACGGCUGGACUCACCUCGCCGGAGGACAACGAGGAUGGUCAAGGCCAAGGCCAAGGCCAGGGCCAGGGUCAAGGUGAAGGUCAACCCAAGAGCCAAGUUGUGCGCGUCCGGCGCGUGGGCGUGUUCGGCCAGAACCCGACAGCAGCAGCCGUUAAUUUCGUGACGUCAGAGAACUCGGACCCACAACAUCACCACCCCGGCCACACCCCCGGCCACGCCCACGGCCCCUCCCCUGUGACCUCUGACCCCGUGUACGCGGGGCGGGUGAGGGCGAUCGACGUGCAGCUGCCCAACGCUGAUGAGAACAUCGUAGAUAACGAUGAGGAGGAAGAGAACAGACGACGCCGCGGCGAGACGCACGGGCAGAGACUCCUCAAACAUUUCGACUUGGACUCGGAACCGGACAGCGAUGUUGUCGUCGCCGCCACUUCCGGUCCUUUCGGGCGCAACAACUUCCGGCAGCAGAACCAAAAUAAUAUGUCCAGGAGAGGCCGGCGGAAGAACAGCGUGGGGACACCGGGGACACCUGGCACACCCGGUCAGCAAGUUCCUGGCAAACCGUUAGGACUACUGGAGAACCUGAUGGACAACAUGAAGCUGGAGAAAUACCCGGACCACUGGUACACGCAGGUUCUUGAGGCUUCUGACAUCAGCUAUAGGCGGCGGGUCGGGAGCGCACGCUCUCUCAGCUCUCCGCGAAGCACGCCGAUGUUCACUCGUACGUCACACACUCGCGCGGGGCGGCCUCAGACGAGUAUAGGAUCCGGCUCCGCGGAGCGUUCAGCGUCUGCUGGAACAUCUGGACGGGCGGGGGAGAAGGUGUCCAUCGUUCCACCGCCCCCCGUGACCUUCAGCACGGUGGUGUGUCAAGGUCACCCGACCUCUAAGACCCGGCGCCAGCUGCUUGAGAUUGUGAACAGGGAGCACGCGGAGGAGGAAGAUCUCUACUCCCGGAGCUCUGUGGCCAGAUGUCUGCGGCUCAACAGAGAGAGGACCAGGGUGCUGCAGGAGAAGGUCAACGACUUUGUCAAGUCUCUGGAGGAUUUGGAGAAGGCCAGAAAAAGGGGGAAGGGGAUCUUGGAUCAGUUGUC